AUGCUUCUCUUCCUUGUUUUGUUUGACGCACUUGCCGAUGCCAUGCCCAUCACCACAGAAGAUGCAAAUUCUCACCGCAAUCCACCUGAAUCUUUCAGAGUUAUGUCGAGGAAACUCGCAACCGGCGCAGUCGACCUGGCCCGGCGCUCCGUCUGUGAAGUCGACCCGGACACCGGCACGACCAUCGACUGCCCGCCCGUCCACUCCGUCUUGCGCGCCAUCCUAGCCGUCCUCCUUCUCUUUGUAUUCCUGGUCCUGCUUCACGUCUGGCAAGCCGCCAAGUACAACAAGAUUCACGCCGUCUUUGGCGCAUACGUUGACGACACGCAGAGUAGCGCUAAGCCGGAUUACAUUCUCCUAGAAGAGCCGAAUUCGCCAUGA